AUGUCUGACUCCAACGAUCUUCGUCAUAACGGUACCGCGGCCAAGAGGGUCUAUAACCACAAGUCCAAAUGGGCCUACGGUGGCCGAGCGGCGCUCCCGCAUCACGAGGUCUCUCUGUCUGACCCAGUGACUCGUCCAGCGGCGCCUCAGAGUCACUCCCUGAAGUAUUCCCGUCUCUUGCAGCUCGACCGAAAGGCGAAGUCCAACCAGCUGGCUACCACCGCCAAGUUCACCCUGCAACACGACAUUAGGGAGGCCCUUGACAGCGGCCCAUCCGACUCCUCCGCGGCGGAAGACGUUGAUGAACCCUCAGCCGCAAAGGAUCUUCCGGGACACCCUCAGGAGGAAGAUCUGUUAGAGCCAUACCAAGUGUCGGGACAGACAAUUCUCUCUGAUGCGAUAAGCAAGGCAGUAGAGAAAUUCGAGACACAAGAAACUGAAAAGCUUGUCGAGGAAUACGAAAUCAUCACUCGGGAGAGUGAGAUUGCUACGGGCUAUCUCGCCGAUGAUGAUUUCGAGCUAGUUGACCAUGAUCACGCAAGGCUGUGA